AGCUACCCGUUCUGCUCGGUCAAGUAUUUUGAAAAAUUGUGCUUCAGUGAUGAACUACAAACAGAAAAGCUUUCGAUUAGUCUCUGGGGAUUUAAUGCCGCUUAUAGGAUUUGGCACAUUUCAAAUUCGCGGACAGCAAUUAAUCAAGGAUGUUUUAAGCUGGGCCUUAUCCGCAGGUUACAGGUCUAUAGAUACGGCGGCGGUCUACGGUAACGAGCACGAUAUCGGACUGGCACUCAAAGAUUUGCUACCGAUACACAAUUUGAAACGAGAAGACAUUUUCAUUACCUCUAAACUUUCACCCGGCGACCAGGGAGACGGGGCACGUGACGCAGUCGCUAAAUCGAUCGAGAACUUACAGUGCGGCUACCUGGAUUUGUACUUGGUGCAUUGGCCGGGUGUUUCCGGCGUGCCGACCGAUAGUGACGUUAAUGCCAAGCGACGCGCUGCUAGCUGGCGAUCGCUAGUCAGGGCCAAAGAGGAAGGUCUCGUACGAAAUAUUGGCGUCUCGAAUUAUAUGGUGAAUCAUUUGACGGAGCUUUUGGCCGAUUGUGGUGGAGUUAAACCGUCUGUUAAUCAGGUCGAAUGGCACCCGAGCUGUCAUCCAUACGACCUCAAGCAGCUGUGUGACAAAGAGGGUAUAUUACUGCAAGCGUAUUCGUCACUCGGCGGAACCGGCAAUAAGAAUUUACUAAAAGACCCCACCGUCAUUAGCAUCGCACUGAAGUUAGGCAAAAGUCCCGCACAGAUUCUUCUGUGUUGGGCUCUCCAGCAGAACGUCGCGAUUAUACCGAAAGCGAGAGCGAAAGAGCGUAUCGACUCGAAUAUCGAUUUAAACUUCGCCAUCGCCGACGAGGAUAUGGCCCUUUUGAGUAGUCGAAAAGCAGAACGUUACGCUUGGAAUCCGACCACUGUUGUUUAAAUGUCGCACGAUCGUAUCGCCUCGUUAUC